AUGGCUUCAAUUCAAUUCUCUUCUCAUUUUCUUGGCUCAACCACUAAGAAACACGGGUCCAUUUCCAUCUCUCGUAAUUACUCCACAACCACAUUCACUAGAUUCUCCCGCAAGAAGAACAUGGCGUGUUCGAUGUCUAUGAAUGGAUGCGAUGCGGAUUUCAAGACGCCACUUGGUACAGUUGAGACAAGGACAAUGGCGACUGUUCCAUCUCCGGCAGCCGCCACUGAGAGGUUGAUCUCCGCCGUGUCUGAGCUCAAAUCUCAACCUCCGCCGUUUUCCUCCGGCGUCGUCCGGUUACAGGUGCCGAUUGACCAGCAAAUCGGAGCAAUCGAUUGGCUUCACGCACAGAAGGAGACCCAUCCACGGUGUUUCUUCUCUCGCCGGAGCGACGUUGGUCGUCCCGAUCUCCUUCUCGAUUUAGCCAACGAGAACGAGAACGGAAACGGAAGAGUGUCAUCAUCUGAUCGGAAUCUGGUCAGCGUUGCCGGAAUCGGCUCUGCAGUGUUCUUCCGUGACCUUGAUCCCUUCUCUCACGAUGACUGGAGAUCCAUCCGAAGGUUUCUGUCAUCAAAGUCACCUCUGAUUCGUGCCUAUGGAGGGAUGAGAUUUGAUCCUCAUGGAAAGAUCUCCGUGGAAUGGGAACCUUUCGGUGCAUUUUACUUUGCAGUGCCUCAAGUUGAGUUCAACGAGUUUGGAGGAAGCUCCAUGUUGGCUGCAACUGUUGCUUGGGACGAUGAGCUCUCUUGGACUCUUGAAAACGCCAUUGAAGCACUCCAAGAGACUAUGAUUCAGGUUUCUUCUGUUGUAAUGAGGUUAAGGAGGGAAUCUUUAGGAGUAUCUGUUCUUAGCAAGAAUCAUGUUCCUACUAAAGGAGCUUAUUACCCUGCUGUGGAGAAGGCUCUGGAGAUGAUCAAUCAAAAGAACACAUCUCUUAGCAAGGUUGUGCUUGCAAGGAACAGCAGAAUUAUCACUGAUACCGACAUUGACCCCAUUGCUUGGCUAGCACAGUUACAGAGUGAAGGACAAGAUGCGUAUCAGUUCUGUCUUCAACCACCUGGUGCACCAGCUUUCAUCGGAAACACGCCUGAGAGACUUUUCCAAAGGAGUCAGUUAGGUGUGUGCAGUGAAGCUUUGGCUGCAACUAGGCCAAGAGAUGCUUCAAGGGCUCGUGAUAUGGAGAUUGAGCGUGACUUACUUACCAAUCCCAAAGAUGAUCUUGAGUUCUCUAUUGUACGAGAGAAUAUCAGAGAAAAACUAGACGCUAUAUGUGAUAGAGUUGUUGUUAAACCUCAAAAGACUGUGAGGAAGCUUGCAAGAGUGCAACAUCUGUAUUCUCAAUUGGCAGGGAGACUUACAAAGGAAGAUGACGAGUUUGAGCUAUUGGCUGCUCUGCAUCCAACUCCAGCUGUUUGUGGACUUCCAGCAGAAGAAGCUAGGCUUUUGAUUAAGGAUAUAGAAUCAUUUGAUAGAGGAAUGUAUGCUGGUCCUGUUGGAUUUUUUGGUGGUGAGGAGAGUGAAUUUGCAGUCGGAAUCAGAUCAGCUCUAGUAGAAAAGGGUCUUGGAGCAUUGAUCUAUGCAGGGACAGGAAUAGUAGCAGGAAGCAACCCAACCUCAGAGUGGAAUGAGCUUGAUCUUAAGAUAUCUCAGUUCACCAAGUCAAUUGAGCAUGAAGCAACAACGGCUCUGCAGCCAAUUAAUUGA